UACCACUGUUACUGCCAUGCGUAGACAUGUCAACUCUUUUCAUUACUAUUCUGCAAUGAUCAGAAAUUCAAUUUGUUUGUAUUCUAAUAUAAUAAUUAUUAGUCAAUCUUGGAAAAUCGUAAAAUUAUGAAAGAUCGAAAUUCUAAAUUUUUUGCUUUUAAUAAAUGGUGUUAUUAUGAAUAUCAUAUUUAUUAUAAAGCAUAACCUAAUAUAUAAAAUUUGUAAACAUUGAAAAUAUACAGGUGGUUAACUUCCAUAAGAAAAUAGCCUCAAUAAGAAAAUAUUUAGAACGUUCCUUUAAAAAUGAAAAUAUCGAAAUCUACUGUAAUUCUUUUGGUCUUUGUAUUAAUGUUAUCGAUAUUUGUAGCAAAUGUUGCUGACCUGAUCAAUGUUGAUAAUCAUGUAUUAGAUGAUACCUUGCAUAACACAGACAUGAAAAAAAAAUGGUCACAACCAAAAUUUUAUGAUAUUGGAGCAUCAUUUGAUCAUUUAAUAUGGUUUUUACAGAUAUCAGAUAUACACAUAAGUAUAUUUCAAGAUCCAUUUAGAAUAACAGAAUUAAAAGAAUUUUGUAAUAUUACUGUGGGUACCAUAAAACCUUCUGUUGUGCUUGCUUCAGGUGAUCUCACAGAUGCAAAAGCCAAAGAUAAAAUGGGAUCAAAACAAAUAUUAGAAGAAUGGCAAUAUUAUAAACGUAUUUUAGAUGAUACUGAAAUUAGCAAAAGAACUCUAUGGUUAGAUGUAAGAGGAAAUCAUGAUAAUUUUAAUGUACUAACUCUUGAAUCAAAAAAUAAUUAUUAUUCAAAUUAUUCUAUUCAAGGAAAGAAGCAUCCUAGAUCAUAUAUGUAUAAUAUAAAUAUUGGUUCUAAAUUAUACACAUUUAUUGCAAUAGAUGCUUGCUUAAAACCUGGCCCACGAAGACCAUUCAAUUUUGUUGGCAUGUUAGAUGAGCAUGAAAUUAAAAGUAUACAUAGUUUAGUAAAUAAAUCCAAAAAUAGUAAUACAGAUUUUAUAAUAUGGUUUGGUCACUAUCCUACAUCCUGUAUAUUAUCACAAACUAAUAUUAGAAAUAUUAUAGGUAAACAUAAAGAAAGUAUGGUAUAUCUUUGUGGGCAUUAUCAUACUCUUGGUGGCGCAGUGCCUAAUAUGUAUACACUACAACAAGCAGGAUUUCUUGAGCUAGAGUUAGCAGAUUGGAAAGAUAAUAGAAUGUAUCGUUUGGGAGUAAUAGAUCAUGGUCAAUUUUCAUUCAUUGAUAUAAAACACAAGGAAUGGCCUGUAGUAUUAAUCACUAAUCCUAAACAUGCUUUAUAUAUGAUGCCUAGAAAAGAAAAUAUAAUGUCUGUUAUUAAAUCUACUCAUAUUAGGAUAUUGGCAUUUUCGAUAGCACUGAUAAAAAUUGUUGAAGUUCAAUUAGAUGAUAAACUUUGGUUUGAAUGUGAACAUAUUAAAGGACCACUUUAUGUUUUGAAAUGGAACACAACAAACUACAGAGAGGGAAUACAUACUAUUCGAGUAAGAGUUACAGAUAUAGAUGGAAGAGAAACAACAAUAUUUCAACCAUUUGCUCUUGAUGGAUCACGUUUAUCGUUUCGUAUUUUACCUAGACUUAUACUUAUGUCUAAUGUCAGUAAUAUCUUUCAAUUCUUAUUUGGAACAGUAUUGGUUUUAUUAGUAAUUCCAUUAUGUAUACUUCGUUUUCUUCAUAUAUUAUGUGAAAGAAAGCAAAUACAUCGACCAAGAUUCAGAAUAAAAUUUUUUCAUUCGUGGCUUAGAAAAUUGUGGAUAUUAUCAACUGUUGAUCGUCUGUUUUUUCCAUUAGUAUUAUAUGCAUUGUAUUUAACAGUUGGUCCAUGGGCAGUUGGUGAAGUAAUAGAAAAUCAAACAGGUAUAAUUUUUGCUUGGGGAACAUUUAUUGGAAAUUCUUUUUUGCCUGGUGCUUUUACUUAUGCUUAUGGAUUUUUCCAAUUAUUUUCUUUCCAUCUACCACUAAUGCUAAUUCUAGCUAAUAGAGUAGAUAAACGGCUACAAAAUACUACUAAGCCAAAUAAUAAACCAUUGUCUAAAAUUUGUUUUAUUUUACAAUAUUUACCAAUAAUAUUAUUAAUUAUUAUGCAAACAUGUAUGGCUUAUUUCUUCUGGCUAGCAUAUGGAACAUUAGCUACUAUAUUAUGUCCCUUACGCACAUGGAGUAUUUUUUUAGCAAUGAUGUUAUGGCAUCAAGUAAAUACUAUGCCACAUUCAUGUCUAAGGUCUGCUGCAAAAAUAUGGUCUCCCCUUGGUUAGUUUAUAGAAGGUACAAUAAUUUACUAUGAUAAUGUAGUAAAUUAUUAUUUAUUUUAUAUAAUUCAAAUAUUUUCAUAUUCUUAUGUACGUAUAAAUUUACGAAAAAAAAUAUAUAUAUAUUUUUUUUCAUUAAUUUCUUAGAUAAUAAAUAUAUGUAUAUUUAAAUAAUAUACAUAAAUAUAAUUUUUAUUUUUUAUCUAAUAAAUUCAAAGUUUUAAAUUUAUUAUGAAUGAAGAUUAAUAUAAAUUUAAAUUAGUAUAAAAAAAUAAAAAUUAUCUUAUUUAUUUAAAGUAAAAAGUUAAAAUAAUCGCGAUUAUUAUUUAUAAUUGUACAUUGUAUUCAAUAAGUUCCUUUUGAAUGCCAGAAUUUAUUAAUUGAGUUAAAACAAAGACUGUUAAUAUAUUUAUUAUAUGUUUAAUAAUAUAUGUUAUUUAAUUUUAAUAAUUUAUGCUUCAACAUUGUUUUUAAAUUUAUAACUUAAAAAAAUUUCUCUUUCUUUUACAAUUUUUUAUCUGUAACAAUAAUUGUGCUUCCACAUUGUAUUUUAAUGUUACAGAAAUAUUGUAAAAUAUCAGGGAUUGAAUGAAACUGUCACUUUUUGUAAAUAAAAGUUACUUGUUAAAUUUUUAAUUUUUAAAUUAUUUCUUUUCUGUUUUUAAUUAAUUUUAUAUAUCAAUACAUUUAUACAAUUACAAAUGCUCAGUUUUAAUAAAUAUUUUGUAUUAGAUUAAUAAAAAUUCUGAGGAUUAUAUAUUUUUUAAUAAAUAUUUUCAAAUAUAUAAAAGUUAAAAUUAUUUUCUUAAUUGAGAUUAUUUAAAAAAAUUGAAAUUAGAAUAAAUAUAGAAAAAAAGCAAGUUAUUUUUAUAUAAAUAUUUCAUUUUUUUAAUAAUAAGAAAACAACAGAAAGUAUUAAAGUAUUGAAAGUAUUAUAACAGAAAAUUUAAUUUUUAUAAAGAAUUAAUUUUUUAUCAAAUAAUUUUAUUUAAUUGGAAUUCCGAAAAAAUAAAGUUUUCUAUUGGAAAAAUUUAUGGAAUAAAAGAUUCAAUAAUUACGUUCUUUAGUUAUUUUGAGACAGAAAAGAUAAUAAUCAAAAAAUUACUAAUAUUUUAGAACUAAUUGAAAAUUUUCACAGUUUCAUUUAAUUCUUAGUAGAAAUAAUAUAUCAUAGAAUAUAUUACAUAAGAAUUAUGUUAUUAAAACAAAAUAAAAAGAAAAUUUAAUUAUCUAUUUUAUGCCAUAUAUUAUAUUUCAGAUAAUGAAUUAAAAUUUAUCUAUAGAAAUAAGAAGAAAAAAAUGCAAUAAAAUAUAUGACAUUUUAUAUGUAAAACAGUAAAGCAAAAUAUUUCCUAUAUUGUUUUAAGAACAAAAUUUUUAUUCAAAUCUAAUAAUCUCUUACAAAUAUUUUUAUUUUAAAUUUUAAUUUGCAUAUAUAUAUAUACACAUAUUCAUGUAUGUGUAUACAUAUAUUUAUAUAUGAAUUUCAUAUGAUCCAGCUAAAUUUUAUUUUUUGUGAUAAAAAAAUAUAAUUUUAUUUAUUGGAAUUGAAAAAUCUAUAAGUAAAAUUCUAUUGUUUUCAAUUUGUAAACAAUAAUUUCUAAUUUAAUAAUUAAAAUAAUUAUGUAAAUUAUCUUUUAAUAUUUUUACAUUUUAUUUAUAUAUAGUCUUGUAGAUAAUAUUUUAUUUUGAAUAAUUAAUAUCUAUUGGCAUAAAAAAUUAAUAAUAUCUUUUUUAAUACAAAAAUAUAAAUCAGUAUUUCUUUAAUAAAAUAAAUAUUAUAAUUUUUUUGUUCUAUAUUCUAUAUUUUUCUACAAACUAUUUAAUUGUUAUUGUUCUCAAACAUGAUCUCAGAACUGUAAAUAUGAUCUCUGUAAACCAAUGAUUCCCAAUUAUUAAUAAUUAGUUUUUUCUCUUUUAAAUAAAUAUGUCAUAUAAUUUAAAAAAAUAUUAAAAAUGAUUAAUAAUUAAAAGUUGAUUACAUUGCACAACUUUUAUUACCAUUCAUAAAUAUGUGCAAUUAUUAUUUUGAGAUUCAUGAUAAUUAUAAUUGUUUAAUUAUUAUAUUGCUUAUUUUCAUACUUUAUUAUACUUGUUUCAUACAAUAUGUAAUUUUCUAAAGUUUAUAUUUAUAUUUAUAUUAAUGAUUAUUGGGAAUCAUAAUUAAUUUAAUCACUUCAUAAUGUAUUCAAUGUAUUUUAUAAAUUACAAGAAAAAUGAAAAAUGUUAUUUUCAAAUAUUUAAUACAUAUAAAAUAUAUUCUUAAUUAAUGAACCAAUAAAAUCUAUAUUGCAUAUAUAAUAAUAACAUAUGUAAAUGUUAAUAAAUGUUAUACAUAACUUGAAUAAAUUGUAAAUUGAGUUUUUAUUAAA